AAUCGUGCUCGACGUGUUCUUUUUCGAAUUACUAAUAUUUUUUCUAUGAUCGUAUAUAGAUUUGUUGUUAGAGAUUUAUGUUAUUGUUUUAAGAGAUAAUUCGAAAAAAUCUCUAUAUAUGUAAAAUACUUUUUUUUUACCCAUAUACUGUGAAGACAACAUUUUUUUUCUGUUUAUUAAAAAGGAACAAUUUUAAAUGGUUCUGAGAUGAUUUCAAUAAUGAUAUGGUAUAAUAUAAAUUAAUUAAACACCUUCACAAUGACACCAUCUGAUUGUAUCUUGGAUAUUUCAAACGUUUUUCAUUCAACCACUGUAAUAAUUGAAAAAAGUUGUUUAAGUAAAUCUGAGCCUACAUCAGUUCUAAGAGAUGUAUCUGCACGAGUUCAUGGUGGUGAAGUUUUAGCUAUAUUAGGUUCAAAAGGUUCUGGAAAAAGAGCUCUUUUAGAUGUGAUAGCUGGAAGAGCAGAAGGAGAAGUACGAGGCAGAAUAACAUUGAAUGGUAAUUUAUUAACACCUGAAUUAUUUAGAAGACAUGGUGGAUAUGUAGCCCAUAGAUGUCAUUUAUUGCCAAGUUUAACAGUUCGUCAGACGCUUACUUAUGCUAUGUGGUUAGCAAAUUUAAACAAUCGGGAAGCUAGAGUUAGACAAGCAUUAGCUGACUUAGCAUUAUCUCAAGUUGCCAAUAGAUGUGUGAAUGAUCUUACAAGACCGGAAUAUCGGCGACUUAUGUUAGGUGUACAGCUUGCUAAAGAUCCAAUGCUACUUCUCUUGGAUGAACCAACUUGGGAUACUGACCCAUUAAAUACAUAUUUAAUUGUAUCAAUGCUGUGGUCUUAUGCAACUAGAAGGGGAUCUAUCGUUGUUUUGACUAUGGAAACACCUAGAUCGGAUGUAUUGCCCUUUGUCAGCCGUGUGACUUUAUUAUGUCUAGGUGCUGUAGUUUAUUCUGGACCAACAAGAAGCAUGUUGGACUAUUUUACUUAUAUUGGAUUUCCAUGUCCAGAAUUAGAAAAUCCAUUAAUGUAUUAUUUAUGUCUUUCAACGGUAGAUCGACGUUCUAGAGAUCGUUUUUUAGAAUCUGAUCAGCAAAUCUCUGUGUUAGUUGAAAAAUUUAAAGUUGAAGGUCUUUUAUAUAUGAAAGAAGCACCACAAAUAUCACCUAAUUUAAAAGACACACCACUUGGAAUUAUGCAUAAAGGUUUGGGUAGAGGAAUUAAGCCAGGAUGUUUUUCAACACUUUUAGCUCUUUAUUUAAGAAGCAUGGCAGCUACAUUCUCUUUUAAUAAAUGUGGUUUAGGACACUUCUCUGCACGCUUUUUAUUGUUACCAUUCAGUGUGGCUCUGAUGAGUAUAUUAUAUUCGCACUCAACUCCUGUUCAAUCUAGAAUAUUUUUACAAACAGGAGGCUUGGUUUUUAAUGUAUUGAUGCUGUUUUAUGUAACUGGAAUAGCGACGACAUCAUUACUUUUUCCAGGUUUUCGUGCUAGAUAUUAUCAAGAAAAGAGAGAAGGUCUUUAUGGUGGAGCCAUGUUUUUAACUGCAUACACAUUGUUAAGUUUACCUUUGAGUUUCAUUUCGACUUUAAUCACGAUUAGUAUCUUAAUACCUAUCUUGGAAUUAGAUCUUUCAACAUGGGCACAUACUUCUGGCAUUCUUUGGUCGAGUUAUAUUGCAGCUGAACAAGUAACUGUGGCUUUAUUAAUGAUACUUGAGAAUUCUUUAACUGGUGCAAUAACAGUGUUAUAUGUUGUACUAUUGUCUCUUGGUAUUGGAUCUGGAGCAAUCCGAAGUCUCAGAAAUUUACCGUAUUGGUUAGCAACAAUUUCUAGUGCUCUACCUGCAAGAUAUGCUUCAUUGGCAUUAAAUCAAUUAGCUAUGGAUAUGCCGAUAUUUUCAAAUUUGCCAUAUAAUGAAACUGUGACUUGCCCAGGUAUACCUGAGUUAUGUAGGUAUGCAGAUGGACGAACUUAUUUGAUAGAACGUUUUACCCGCGAAGGAGAAAACAUAUCUGAAGUAUUAAAUGUAGAAUUAAAUUUGUUAAUAUGUUUAGCAUUUGCUGUUGGAUUAAUUAUUCUAAAUAGUAUUCUGUAUUUAUUACCAUUACCUGCUAGAGUUAAAGCCAAAUUCAGAGAAUAAAAUAGUAUAACAUUUAUAUAACAAUUAACAACUGAAAAAGUAAUUAAUUUUUAUAUUACUAUAUACAUAAAUAUAAAAUAAUAUUUUAAAGAAAUUAUGUAUUUUUAUUA